GAAAGUUCCUCUUCUGAUAUUAACCAGCAUUCAAAUUUACGAUUUCCAAUACAAAAUAUGACUGAACUUGAACAAUGUGAAGAAUAUUUAACUGAUAAUACAUUUAAAUCAAAAAUGGUAACACAAUUAAGUUAUCUAGCAAAAAAAUCGUUAUCCAGUACUGUCAGACAAAUAACAUCUAGAUUGAUAAGUGAUACAGUUUUACAAGAAUUUAGCUAUAUUGGACAAAAGAAGAAGAAAAUAUUUAAUAAAUUAUUGAUUUGCAAUCUCAUUAUAGAUGCUGUCAGAAAUAUAUCAAAGUUUUCCAAUGCUGUAAAUUUAGAAAUUGAAGAACCACUGAAAGUUUUUAUAGCAGGUGCAAAGUCUAGAAUAAAAAUAUAAGUGGAUAUUUUAUAUUAUAUUAUACAAGUUACAAUCAUUAUACAUACUUAUAAUAUGUAUAGUUAUUCAGAUUUAUAUGUUAGUACUAUGAUA